CGGUCGGUGUAAACAUUGGAGUCAUGUCGUCAGUGUGAACCUCGGCGAGAUGUUCCUGAUGUGAGGAAGAAUAUUGGACAACUGAGGAAGAAAGGAUCACUCAACCUCCAAUAUGAUGGUGAGAAGGUGUGUCCUGCGGUUGGCUGACCACUAUAGCCUGGCACCAUCCUUGUUCACUCGUUCCGGAUCAUCACUACCUGGUCCUGGGGGAGACUUGAUGAUGUGGGAGAAGAUAUACCAGCGUGAGGUUCCCAGGACCAUGGAGGAGAUGGGAUCGAUGCUUCAGAAGGAGGUGAACUCCCCGCCAGAUGCUUGCCUUCUGAAAGUAGCCAUUGUGGGCGUACCAAACUGUGGCAAGAGCACACUCAUCAACAAGCUCAUGGGCUGGAGAGUGUGCAGUGUGUCAUCAAAGGUCCACACCACGGAGCUGUGUGCUCGAGCUGUCCGUAACAUUGGCUCCACGCAGUUGGUCUUCCUCGACACCCCAGGACUGGUCACUCCACAGGAGAUAACAAAACAUAAUUUGAAACGAUCUCUGAUGACUGAAGCAGAACUAUCACUUCAAGAGGCUGACCUAAUGGCAGUGGUUCACGAUGUGUCCAACCAUUUUACCCGAUACUGUCUCCAACCUAGGGUGCUGCGCCUGCUGGCUCUUUACCCAACUAUUCCCAGUGUGUUGAUUCUUAAUAAGGUGGAUAAAUCAAAGUGCAAACAGAAUCUACUAGAAUUAACACGAAUGUUAACAGAAGGUGUUGUUGGGGGUCAGAAGUCACAUUUGGUAACGAAAAAAAAUGAAUCAUUAAAUAAAGAAAAAUUGAUAAGAAAAACUCUUGAGAAAUUUUCCGAGACCCUAGAUCACGACAGCAGCUUAAGUUCUCGUUCUGUAUGUAAAAGUGAUACCUCGAACAAUAAGAUUAAUAACAGUGGAAUACAGAGUUUAGAAAAAAAUUCACAUGUGUCUCAAGAUGAGUCAUUAUACGGAGAUGGACUUUUAAAUACUUCAUCUGACAUCAGCCAUUUGAAUGAAACAGACAUUCUGGAGGGAAGAGUCCACUUAACAGAACAACAAGUUAAUGCAUUUAUUAAGGAUCGGAAGUCAUGGCCAAAGUUUGAUGAGGUUUUCAUGAUUUCUGCACUGGAAGGAACUGGAGUUGAUGACUUGCAACAUUUCCUCUGUUCCAGUGCCUUGAGUAAUCCCUGGAUUUUCAGUUCCCAGGUGGUGACUGACCAGAACCCACAGGAGAUAGCUUUAAUGACAGUGAGAGAGAAGUUCCUGGACACCUUCCAUAAUGAGAUUCCAUACACACUUCGCUUCCAGGUUGAACACUGGGAUCUCUCAGAUAGUGAGUUGCUCUACAUCAUGAUCAAGGUAUCAUGCAGGAGACGUGGUUUGACUCGCUUGAUGGUGGGAGGAGGUGGGGGCACUGUGUCUCGGAUUGCCAGGGAAGCAGAACAGUCAUUGAGGAACACAUUUAGGACUGAAGUCAGACUCAAGUUAAAUAUUGUUUAUGACGCCAGGUUGAAACAUAUAAAGUACUAAUAUCGUCAGUCUUGUCUUUGUUUUAAUACUAAUAUCCUUUGUAUGAUAACAACCAUGUUUUAUAGUAGGUGUAAAAAUAAAUGUAAUUAUUAUG